AUGGCGACAAAUCUAAAAAUCUCCACCAUGUGGAGUCGAUGGAAGGCAUCGAUUCUACUGUUAACGGUCUGCUGUUGGAUCGCUGAGCAGUACACGGUACCGGUGGCAGGGCUGGCGGCGGCGGCCUCGGGUUCUAGUCACAACUACAAGAUCAAUCCGAAGCCCUGCUCGGUGAACGGCAACGAGGGCACGUGCAUGUUCGUCUGGGAAUGCAUCAAAUCCGAGGGCCAGCACGUGGGCAUGUGCAUGGACCAGUUCAUGUUCGGGUCCUGCUGCUCGCACAAUCUGACCGAAAAUGUGAUACCUCAGAACUACCAGCAGAUGCUGACCUACCGGCCGAAGCCCUCGGCGCCCAGCGCCGGCGGCGGCAAGUAUAAACCACCGAAGCCAAGUACAUUCGUUAGUAGUAACGGCUAUACGACCAUCUACCGACCAAACGGAAGUGGGACGCUGGUGAUACGACCGUCGCACAACCACCACCACCAGCAGUCGUAUCCCCACCAACAUCAGCACACGUAUCACCACCACAAACCGAGCAGCAGUGGCGGCCUUAGUAGUUCCAGUAGCGUUAGUAGUGGUGGCGCUUUCGUCACCGGCAGCAAUCAAUUUAGUCAAAAGCCAACAGAAGGCACUGUAAAUAAACAUUCUACCUUAUCGACGCUGGUGCAGCAGCAGUCAGUGGCAGCAGCGGGAGCCACAGUCCCGGACCAGGAGAUGGCGGCCAGUGUCGCAACCGGGAUCUUCACCACCCACUGGCAGGCGACGACGGAGCCAAGCUUCAUCACACGGACGAAGCCGCCCAAGCCAAACAAACCGUCCAAGAAACCGAUCCUGUCCAUCACGAACAACAUUCAAAGCACCGCACUGAAACCAAAACCAUCGGCCAAACCGACAAAGCAAAGCACCAGCACUACGACGACGACGACCACCCCGAGGCCCACCACCACAACAACAACAACCUCUUCCAGCACCACGACCACCACGAGCACCACCACCAGCACGACUACGACGGCGAGCUCCACGACUUCCGGUUCGAGCAGCUCAACAAGUCGCACGCCCGGCGCGGUGUCCGACCCAUCUGUGAUUGACGUCGACGAAGUAUCGCCGUCCAUUUCGUCCUACACGACGGCCCCGGGCCGGUCAACGAUUUCCGCGGCAAGAAACGCUGACUGCGGUGUGCAGACGAUGGGUCGGCCGGAGACGCGAAUAGUCGGCGGCAAGAAUGCGCCGUUCGGGCGCUGGCCAUGGCAGGUGUCGGUCCGGCGGACGUCUUUUUUCGGCUUCUCGAGCACCCACCGGUGCGGCGGAGCUGUCAUAAACGAUAACUGGAUCGCGACGGCGGGCCACUGUGUCGACGACCUGCUAACGUCACAGAUUCGGAUACGGGUCGGCGAGUACGAUUUCUCGCACGUCCAGGAGCAGCUACCGUACAUCGAGCGGGGCGUCGCCCGGAAGGUGGUCCAUCCGAAGUACAACUUCUUCACGUACGAGUUCGACCUGGCGCUCGUGAAGCUGGAGCAGCCGCUCGUCUUUGCGCCCCACAUCAGCCCCAUCUGUCUGCCGGCGACGGACGACCUGCUGAUCGGUGAGAACGCCACCGUCACCGGCUGGGGACGGCUCAGCGAAGGCGGCACACUGCCGUCCGUCCUGCAGGAGGUGUCCGUGCCGAUAGUGAGCAACGACCGGUGCAAAUCGAUGUUCCUGCGCGCCGGCCGCCACGAGUUUAUUCCGGACAUUUUCCUCUGCGCUGGCCACGACACCGGCGGGCAGGAUUCGUGCCAGGGCGACUCCGGUGGCCCUCUGCAGGUGAAAGGUAAGGACGGCCACUACUUUCUGGCCGGCAUCAUCUCCUGGGGCAUCGGGUGCGCCGAAGCGAACCUGCCCGGUGUCUGCACGCGAAUAUCGAAGUUUGUACCGUGGAUCAUGGAAACCGUCCUGUGA